CCAUUUCAAGCUGAUCUUAUGGUAAUUCUCUUAGGUGGGUGUGAUAUGGUGUUAGGUAAGCAGUGGUUGGAGAUAUUGGGGCCAAUAACUUGUGAUUUUGAGAAGUUAGUGAUGCAGUUUCCUAUAGGACAUAAGAAAGUUCUUCUUCAGGGUAUUAGGCAAGGUUCUGUUAGAGACAUGAUGGCCAUUAAGCUUAAUAAGCUGAGGGAAGCUCAACUUUCCAUGAUAGUUGUUCCUGAAGUUCCUGCCAAAGAACAGAUGUUAGUGUGCUCUUUGGAAGCUAAACAUCAAUCUGACCAAGAAAGUUCUAAAGAGGAGCAAAGGUUUCAACAAGAGUCUUCGGGUGGUGGAAAUAAACUAUUGCCUAAGCUGUUAGAUGAGUUUUAUAUGACUAUGAUCAUAGAUGAUCAACAACCUGUUGUCCCAGAAAGUUUGAGUCCAGUCUUUGAUGAUUUCUCCUUGGAAGUGGCUGAGUUUUGUAAGUAUUAUAGGUGGAAGCAACGACUCUCUCCAAA